CGGGAGGGCAUUCCAUAGUAAAUACCGCAGACAUCAUGUUCUCAUACACCACUGUGGAGCCUACUGUCACUGGAGAAGCACACAGAGAGAGAAACUCUGGAUUUCUUUAAGCACCAGAGAUAGAUAAAGGAUCAAGUUUUUUUUCACCUGGUGCGACGAGGAAAAGGUAACGUCCUUGUUGAUUAGUGAAUAGAUUUAUUUCCUGUAUGUGCAGUGGUGACUGAAGUCCUUCCUGAAAAGAAAAUCAUUUCAUGAACAUGGAGGAAGAACAAGAUAAACAACAACAACAACAGGAGCAAACAGAAGAGGAACAUGCUGCUGAAACAGAAAUCAAAAGUGAAAGUGAAAGUGCCCAAGAAAAGACUGAUCCUGAUCCUCAAGGGGGAGACAAUAGCACAGAACCAUCUGAGCCCCUGGAUACUGAAAUAGUCCCCCUAGAGGAGGAUGUACCCGUCACCACGGAGACAGCACAGACAAUAGAGGGCGCUCCAGAGGUCAAGGAAGAGGAAAAGGAACCCUAUGUGAAAAUGGAUGGUGACCCUUUACUGGUUCUGGUGACUGGCGCCAGUGGUUUCAUAGCAACACAUAUUGUACAACAAUUACAAGAGGAAGGGUACCGCGUCAGGGCCACUGUCAGGUCACUGGAUAAUGAGGAGAAAGUUCAACAUAUCAGGGAACUCUGCCCCGAGGCUAAGUAUCCCGUUGAACUAGUUGAGGCAGACCUAAACAAUUCAGAUUGUUGGUCAAGCGCAAUCAAAGACUGUACGUACGUUAUCCACGUUGCUAGCCCAUUCCCUGCAGAGAACCCCAAAGAUGAGAACGAGAUUAUUCGACCGGCUGUAGAGGGCACCACCAGUCUGCUGAAGGCAUGCCAUGAUGCCAGGACAGUCAAAAGGGUGGUGUUGACAAGCUCUGUUGCCGCCAUUGCAGGUACAUUUUCCUCUGAACAAAACAAGAUAUUUACCGAGGAUGAUUGGACAGAUCUGACCAAAGUGGACCCCUACCCUAAGAGUAAGACACUGGCAGAGAAGGCUGCCUGGGACUAUGUACAGGGAUUGCCAGAGGAAGAAAGAUUUGGUCUGGCAGUGAUCAACCCAGCCUAUGUAAUGGGACCAGUACUCAACAAUUCCAACUUUACCAGCAUGGUGAUUCCCAAGCGUCUCCUGGAGAGGAGCAUGCCUGCAAUCCCAAAGCUCAAUUUUCCCAUUGUUGACGUGAGGGACGUGGCCAGGGCACACAUCAGGGCCAUGACUCUGCCUGAAGCUGAAGGAAAAAGAUUUGUAUUGUCUCACACUAACAUGUGGCUGAAAGAGAUUGCACAGCAGGUGUCCAAGGAAUUUAAGUCCCAAGGUUACAAUGUCCCAACUACCAACUGCCCGUAUCUGUUCCUCUGGGCCGCCAGCAUAUUUGACAAGACCAUCAAGAUGGUGCUGCCCUCUGUGGGCAAAGUGGCGAAGUUUGACAAUACCAGGAUGAAGGAAGUCUUGGGUAUUGAACCACUUGAGCUGAAAGAUACCAUUCUGGACAUGUGCUAUAGUAUGAUUGAAAAAGGCAUGGUGAAGAAGACCAAGAAAUACAGAGGGCGCGCACCACUAGGUGAAGAUGCACCUGAACAGACUGAAGAGGGAGCCACUGAUGAAAAUCAUAAAGAGGCCAAACUGAAUGGUGGGGUUGUGGAUGGCAGCAAAGUUGAAGGUCAAACUGAGGUUGAAGGUCAACCAGAAGGUCAGGGGGUUGGAGAAGUGCAGACAGAGCAUAAUGGUGGGGUUGUAGCAGCUCCUGCCGCUUCUGAAGACGAGAAGGUGGAUGAGGACAAAAAAGUAGGUGAAGGUCAAGUUGAGGUCAAAGGAGAAAGCCAGGAAGAGGUCAAAAGUGAAUGCCAGGAAGAGGUCAAAGAUGAAGGUGAUAUAGAGGUCAAAGGUGAAGGUGAAAUGGAAGUCAAAGGUGAAGGUGAAAUGGAGGUCAAAGAUGAAGGUGACAUGGAGGUCAGAGGUCAGGGAGAAGGUCAAGAAGCAGAUGCAAAUGCACCAGUGGAUGAAACAGAGAUUGUACAGGAUGAGGUAAAAGGCGUGUCGGUUGAGGAACAUCAGCAAACUGCUGAAAUUGCUGCAAAUGAGGAAUGAAUAAUGUGACUGACUAUGAAGGGACCUCGAUGCCAUGUACAUAAACCAUAAAAGCUCAACUUGAAAGAACAGACUUAAUAGACUGUAAAGUUCAGAAAAACUUCAUUAUUUGGAAGUUUGAAUAUUUUUAGCCAGUAUCGUGCAUAUUCUGCUGAAGAGGGUUUUUUUUUCUUCAAAGCGAUACAGAUUCAGAACCAGUAUCCGAUGUGAUUGAUGACAUGUUUCUUUUUUCAUAUUUGAUGAAAAAAGGGAGACUAUUGAGACAGGUGGUUGUUUGUGUUUAAGUAGGCUUUUUUAUACCUGUCCUUUUGACUCUGCUGAGAAUUUUCCUAUCUGAAAAGGAAAAAUAGCAAUGUAUGAAUUAUUUUAAUGGAAGCUAACUCUCAUAUUUUUUCAUAAAACAUGGUACUGUGGUUCUGUGGUAAUGGUAACAUUGGCUUGACAUACUAUCAGUUUGUUUUUCAGUUUAAAUUUAAGUAUUAUUGUCCAUUGUCUAAAAAUUUCAGAUACCGAUAUAAACCUCAAGUGUUAUUUUGGUAAACCAUUAACAAAAAAGCAAUGCAAGAUUUAUGGUGCAUUUCAUUAGGUUCAAACCAAAUUUGUUGAAAAGGAUGAAAUAUAUUGAUAUUGUAUUAUAUAAUACAUAGUAAUAUAUAAUAUAUUAUAUUAACAAAUUAUUCCAGCUGAAGGAUAUUUCAUAAAAAUGUUAAAUAAAACAGUAUAGUUAUUCUCAUUGUACAAGUUAUUAAGGAGGAUUAUUGCAAUACCAGUAGAGUUAGUUAUCCACCCAUGUGUGGAUGUUAUAAACUAAGAGAUCUAAUUCAGUGCAUU